AUGACGGCGAGUCCAGCAGGAUGGGCUCAGCCACGCCGCCGCCCGCGGGCUAGCCGUGACCGCCUCCUCCGCGGCGCCAACGACGCCACCACCACCUCCGACGGCCCUGCUGCUGGGAGAGGAGGAAGGGAGGGGAUGAGGGAGAGGAGUGGACCGGCCGGCCCGGCCACUGGCAGCUAUGGCCUGGAGAUUGGAGAGGGAGGGAGAGAGCCUCUUGUUGAUGAGCUAUUGGAGCUUUGGAAGGGUGUUCAUGCAUUUGAUUCUUCUAGUCAUAAGGUCUUUGAUUUGAAUGUUGUAGUUAUAUUGUCGAUACAUGAUUAUCCAAUAUUGAGCACAUUGGUAGGGCGAGUCAUGGAAGGUGUGACCGAGGAUGACAGUUAUGGUUCAUUACAUGGGUUAGGUGUGACUGAGGAUGACAACUACGAUGAUGGUCAUUUGAAUGGGUUAUUACAGGACCUGCACACCGCGGAGAAAGAAGGGGAACAAGAUGGUGAAAAUCAAGAUAGAACUGGUGACAACGAGUCAUUUUACAAAAUAGUGAUUGAAGAGGCAAAACGUCAGCUCUAUCCAGAGUGCAAUACACUUCCAAAAUCAUAUUAUGAAGCGAAGAGUCUUCUAAAGGAAUCAGGACUUGGAUAUGAAUCAAUACAUGUGUGCUACAAUAAUUGCGUGCUCUUCAGUAAGAAAUAUGCCAACCUUGACAAUUGCCCUGCUACAGAGGAUGAACUUGUGAACGCAAAUUCCAUUCUUAAUAACAAGAAGAAGCCAACUUUUAGAAAUAGUGAAGAUUCAGAAUCUGAGUAUCUCCCUAGUGAAGAAGAUUUGGUUGAUGAUGACAGUGUUAAGUGCUCGAAGGGUAGUAACAUGAGGACUACAAACAUGCGUAGUGCUGGAAUCAUGCAGCGCUCUAAGAGAGUUUUUGCAGAGCAAGAAUCUAUUAGAAUUACAAGGUCAAAGAAAACCACUUCCCAACCUGAUGCAACUCUUUCACCAACUGAUAUCCAUGUGCCAUCUCCAACUCUAUCUCGUGUCAACCAAGCCUCAGAAGUGUUUGGCAACAUUGAUGGCCACACCCAAGCUAUAGUUGAAGCUGAUGGUCCUGCUCAGUUUGUUGAGAACACCGACAUUGCUAAUAGAGGUCAUGCCACUGCUCAGCCUGAUGGGCACAACCUGAUGGGAAAUCAAGAUAUUGAGAGCACCCAAGUUGAUGACAGCAUGGCCAAUCGAGGUGAAGCUAUUACUGAGCCUAGUGUAGAUGUACAACUAGGUGAAAAUGAUCGAUGGGAAAGGGGAGUAAAUAUGGGACAUGGUCUCCAUAGGAUGAAUCGAGCUAUGCGUGGAAAACUACCAGUUGUCAUUCCUGAGGGGAGGAUAAGGCCUGUGGCACCUCUUGCUGCUGCUAAGUUUGCAACUGAAUGCAACAUUGCAGUCAGGAACCAUGUGCCGGUGUACAAGCAUUGGAAGGAUUACAAGGACCAGGCUAGCCUCUUUAACCUAUUUACAGAUAAACUUAGUGCAAAGUUUGAUAUCAACACAAAUGAUGAACCAGUCAAAAAGGCUUGUUCCCAAAUGAUGAAAAUUGCAGUUCGGCAACAACGAUACAAACUUAAGAAAAAAUACUUUGAUCCUUUUCCACUUCAUUUGGUGACAAAAACGUCGCCAAUCAGAUCGAUGACAGAUAAACAGUGGAAUGGCCUUGUGGAAUAUUGGAAGAGCCCAAAAAAGAUGGAGAUAUCUCAAAAGAACAAAGACAACCGCUCCAAAGUUAAAUUUCAUCAAACAACUGGAUCUCGUAGCUAUAUGGUUCAUGUAGAAAAUUUGGAAGAUAAGGACAACAGUCAAAAGUUUGAUGCAUUAGAUUUGUUUAAAGAGUGUCACUACAGCAGAAAGAAGAAAUGCUACACACCUAACGUGCAGCAAGCUAUAACUCAGAUGGAAAACAAGUGCUCUACACUAACAGAAGGUGAAGAAUCUAUGUCUGUUACAGAAGUUGUAGCUAAUGUGCUUGCUGAAAAUACAAAGAAGAAUAUGUUCCUUCAAAAUGUGGGGAUACAAAAUGUUGGUUGUAGGUCCAGUUUAAGAAAUAUUGAAGCACAACUAGAAGUGGAGAAGAGGGCAAAUAGUGAUCUUAGAUCUGUUGUUACUGCUCAGCGUGUACAAUUGGAUGUGCUGUUGAAGCAAAUGCAAGAAACCGAAGAAUCUAGGAUCAGGGAGCAAGAGGAGGUGAAGAAGAGGCAAGCUGAGAUGGAAGCAAAGCUUCAACUUCUGCUGAGUCAGGUUCAUCCAAGUAUACCCCUGUCCGGCCUCGACAGCGGCUGGCCGUUCAGCCCCGGCACGUUCUCGCCGGUGGCGAGGUCGCCGGCGGGGAGGGACUGGUCGGACAGGGCCUACGGGACCCAGGGAGUUGUUUGGGAGGGGAGGUGCACGACAGGCGAGGGUGGAACAUGA